AUGUCUGACUCUGUGCGACCCCAUCCCUGGGAUUCUCCAGGCAAGAACACUGGAGUGGGUUGCCAUUUCCUCCUCCAAUGCAUAAAAGUGAAAGGUGAAAGUGAAGUUGCUCAGUCAAGUCCAACUCUUCGCAACCCCAUGGACUGCAGCCUACCAGCCUCCUCCGUCCAUGGGAUUUUCCAGGCAAGAGUACUGGAGUGGGGUGCCAUUGCCUUCUCCGGGAUAGAGCUACACGUUGCAAGAAUUCAGGAGAUAUUCUUCCCAACUAUCUCUUGUAAACUGAGAUACCUGAUGCUACAAAAUGCAUUUCAGGAUCCCAGUGACACAGUCAACUUCUUAGUCACCAAGGAAAUGGCCCUUCAUCAUGAAGGCAUGUCAGGAUCCUUUCAUGGUUGGCUGCUGGAAGCUGAGCCACCCACUUUUAUGUUUUAA